CGCAGCCUGUGCAACCCAUUACAGCACGUGCCAAAACAAUAACGCAGACCAUGAGCUUUACAAAGCAUUGAUCUGAUAUAAGUCUACGCCCUCUGGCGGGUAACAAACAUUGUUCAAGGAAAUGACUUUGACAUGUAGUGAAAAAUCCGUACAGGCACAGUGCAACGUGGGCUGUACAAGGGAAACAAAACUGGCCUACUCGGAUUUUCUUUUUGAGAUCAGGGUUUAAUCUGCCUUUGCAAAUUGUUUUGAGGAGGUUCUGCAAGAAAAGAAUAGCAGCAGUGUACACCCCAGAGAAAUUAUAAAGAGGCUUUAUUUCUGCUGAGUAAUGGAAGUCUGCUGUGAUCUGUGACUAAUCAGAACUGCUCAAGACACUGGAAAUAAGGAGCCAUUUUGGCUUUGGAGAUGUACUUGGAUACAACUGGAGAGUACUCGCCUGAAAAUCUUGUCUUGUUCUGUAUAGCUUCAUGUCAAACUUCUGAGGUUCUACUGAAAACUCUACCACUGCUGUCCUUUCACUUAGGAUCCCUGUAUUGCGACAUAGACACUUGGAAAAAAAACACGGGUACUUAUCUGCCUAGCCUUGAAGAAUUGCUAGCCAACCGACAGUUCCACUGGGCCCAUCAAAGGAGCAUUCUUCGGCAGCAAAAAAGCUCUGAGAUUUGUAAAACAGUAACAUCCUAGCAGCUGCUCAGAGUAACCUGUGUCAUUGCACAGAAUUUGCACAGAGUAUGAUUUUACAUCCCGAUGGUGUUAUCGUAUAGAGGAUUUGUUCAGUAAAUUAAAGCUUUUGCAUUUGUUGCCUAUCAGGGUUUCUGAGGAGCAUUGUGAAAUAGAACAAGUGAGGUUUGAGCUGACGUUGAGCUUCUGGGAUAAAACAUGAGUGGACACAUUCUGCUUAAAUAUGGUAAGCAGCUGUUUCGUCGAAAAGUAGUCGAUUGCAGCACUCAGACAUCUAAGCUGGCCAGAUGUUUGAACACUUUUGACCUUGUUGCACUUGGUGUGGGCAGCACUCUUGGAGCGGGUGUCUAUAUUUUGUCUGGAGCAGUAGCAAGAGAAGAAGCUGGCCCUGCAAUUGUCAUCUCCUUCCUGAUAGCUGCCUUGGCAUCAGUGUUGGCAGGACUGUGUUACGCAGAGUUUGGUGCUCGGGUUCCAAAGACUGGGUCUGCCUACCUCUACAGCUAUGUCACAGUUGGAGAACUGUGGGCCUUUAUCACAGGAUGGAACCUGAUUCUAUCUUAUGUAAUUGGGACCUCAAGUGUUGCAAGAGCAUGGAGUGCUGCUUUUGAUGAGCUCAUUGGAAAGUAUAUUGAACAUUUCUGCAAAGAGCACUUGAGUAUGCAUGCACCAGGAGUACUGGCAGAAUAUCCAGACAUAUUUGCUGUUUUUAUUAUCCUGCUUUUAACAGGUCUUCUGGUGUUUGGAGUAAAAGAGUCUGCACUGGUGAACAAAGUAUUUACGUGCAUCAAUGUCCUAGUACUCUGUUUUGUGAUGGUGUCUGGUUUCGUGAAAGGAACUCUUAAAAAUUGGCAGCUGACUGAAGAAAAAAUUAAUGAAACCUUUUCAAACUUCUCUGAUGUGUUUAAUCACACAACAAACGAACAUUUGAAAUUCGGAGCUGGUGGAUUUAUGCCAUAUGGUUUCUCUGGUGUUUUAGCGGGAGCUGCUACAUGUUUUUAUGCCUUUGUUGGAUUUGACUGUAUUGCUACAACAGGAGAAGAAGUGAAGAAUCCCCAAAAAGCUAUUCCAAUAGGAAUUGUUGCAUCCCUGUUGAUUUGCUUUGUUGCUUACUUUGGAGUGUCAGCUGCUCUAACCUUAAUGAUGCCUUACUACUUGCUAGAUAAAAACAGCCCUUUGCCAUUCGCUUUUAAGUAUGUGAAGUGGGAAGGAGCAAAAUACGCUGUGGCUGUUGGAUCACUCUGUGCCCUCUCCACGAGUCUUCUUGGUUCCAUGUUUCCAAUGCCAAGAGUAAUUUAUGCAAUGGCAGAUGAUGGGUUACUCUUCCGUUUUUUAGCUAAAAUCAGUGAGAAGUCCAAAACACCAACAACAGCAACAAUAGUCGCAGGAACUGUGGCAGCUGUUAUGGCUUUCCUGUUUGACUUGAAAGACCUUGUAGACCUUAUGUCAAUCGGCACACUUCUUGCCUACUCACUGGUGGCGGCAUGUGUUUUAGUGCUGAGAUACCAACCUGAGCAGCCCAACUUAGCUUAUCAAAUGGCUAGUACAUCAGAUGAGACUGAUGUGACAGAUUUGUCGACCACAAGUGAUUCUCAGGCAGACUGUAUACCUGAAAGAGUUGACACAAUCUCCCUCCAGAGCCUUCUGUCUCCAGAGACUACUGUACCAACCAGCACUUCUGGACAUGUGGUUAAUGUUUGUACUAGUGUUAUAGGACUUGUUAUCUCCGUGCUGUGCUUAGUGACCGUACUUGGAAAAGAUGCUUUGAUUAACGGAAAUGUGUGGGUCAUCGUUUCUGUUAUAGUGCUCUUUCUUGGUAUUGCCAUCGUUGUUAUUGUGAUCUACCGUCAACCACAAAGUAAAACCAAGCUGAGUUUCAAGGUGCCUUUCUUGCCUGUUCUGCCAGUGAUCAGCAUUUUUGUAAAUGUGUACCUUAUGAUGCAGCUGGGGGUAGGCACUUGGAUACGGUUUUCUAUAUGGAUGGUGAUAGGUUUCAUAAUUUAUUUUACCUACGGCAUCAGGAACAGUACAGAGGCUGCUUUGAGAGAUUGCGAACAAACAGUACAAGGAUACAGAGAUGGCACUCUGACAUUAAACUUUGAAGGUGAUUUGGCUGAGAAGCAAAUGUUUCUAGAUGAGCCAGAAGACCACAGUCCUGCUAACAGAAAUGAAGAAGAAGCCUGAAAAUGUUGAGCAGCCUUCCUAGAGUGUAUACAAUAGUUUAGUAAAUUAUUUUAAUGGGACUGAAUUCGAACUACCCAGAUAGCCAGUUUGAUAUUGAAACACUCAGUCUAAGUCACUCCCUCUUUGGUGGUAGACUUGUGUAAGGCACUGGCUACAAAACAUUCUUGCUGCCCUUCGGUGUGGUUGAGAAAGUUGUUUACUUAUGGCUGCAUGUCCCUGCACCAACUUGGGAAGGUUGUCUCGUCUACAAGUGUGUGUUUAUUGUGAAGAUCUGAAGAGAAUAUGCAAGAUAGCAGAGUGGGGAAGAAGGUGGAAGAUUGGGAGAGUGAGUAAUUGCUUGUUGAGUGAUAGUUGCAGUUAAUGAAGAUACCAGGCACCUCACACCUUGCUUCAAGCUGUACACCAUAGCAGCAGGGCACUGAACUCAGGGACUGUUGCAGGUAUACACAGGCUGCUAGGAACCACACAGCUAUACUAAAAAAUUGUAAUACUGCUGUUGCCUUUAUUUCAUAUUCAAGUGUAGAAGUGCAGUUCUCUUUCCCCUUAACAGAAAGAAUAAAAUAAUCAUUUAGGCCUUUAA